AUGCAUCGAAACGCAUGGUUACUUGAGCAGCAAAUUUUCGGCAGAACUGGUAGCGAAGAAUGGAUGACGCUGAUGACAGUACGUCAUCCGAUGGCGAGGCUCUAUUCAGCAUGGAAGGAUAAAUUUAGAAAAGGUCAUGCAUAUCUUGGGACGAUCGAAAGUCAGUUCGGGUAUUAUUUGACCAAAUUCGAGCGCCAAAACAUGCAAAACUCGACCUAUCAAUACUCGUUUGAAGCUUUCGUCGAAGUUGUCGCUCUUUCCGAUUUCGAUGGGCAAAGAGACCGACACUGGCAGUCAAUUCACACCUACUGCAAUCCGUGCGCCAUUCCUUACGAAUUCAUUAUAAAACAAGAAUAUGCUUUUGAAGAAAACGACUUCGUUUUGCGCGUGUUUGACCGAGAAGACAGAUUUCAAAAUCUGAAGAGCAUUCCGCAGAUAUCUUCGUGGGGCCGAAAGAUGAAAAAUAAGCCGAUCGAUGUAGACGAGAUGCUUGAGCCCUGGAGAAAUGUCAGCAAAAGGACAAUAAGAAGGAUUUAUAAAAUAUUUUUCAUGGAUUUCGUAUAUUUUGACUACAGAAUCGAGAAGUUCAUUGCCGCUGGAAAAAAUGAUGACGGCGAGCUGGAAUCGUUGAGAAAAGUGCUCAAAGAGAGAAUCGAUCUCCAGGGAUCAUUAAUAAGGUGGAGAGAGACAACUCAUUGCACCGGAAACUUCCCGGAAGGUUGUCAAUUUGUAGAGUUCCCAGGAUUCAUUCUUUCAUGCUCAAUUCAAUUGUCAACAAAGGAUUUUGAAGAGGCGAAAAAAGAGGCAUGUCAAUAUCAUCCAGACAAAGGAAUUCACGGAAUCGGAAUAAACGAUGGAAGUUACUGCCUCGCUACAAUUGAUGAUAAAUUAAUGAGAACAGAUGAUAAUCGAACGAUAACGACGCCAGGCGGAGCUAUCGCUGCCCAGAGAGGAGACAUGUCGAGCUUUCUAAAAGGUGUGAAAGCAAAGAGCUUGGAUCAAUCAACAGAGGAGAAGAUCUCACUCAACAGCCCGAUCGACGACUUUGUCAUUGCCUGCCAUAAAGGGUACGCGCGUGAUGUCGAAAAAUAUAUCGCCUCGGCGGCGUAUAUUCCAAACCAGACGGAUUUUUGGAUGGAAAAGGUUUACACGCUGCCUGCGCUGGAUGUCAUCUCUAUUUACGGGCUGUCAAAGACUCGUGUUUUUCUUCUUUUAUCGAAUGUGUUUUUGACCUCGGCCAAGAUCAUCCAAAUCCUGCUGAAUAAAGGCGAAGACCCAACGAUCGAGGACAAGCGGGGAAACUCGCCGCUGCAGCUGUUUGUCAAGUGGAACGCCAUCAGUAUUGACAUGAUCGACGAUUAUAGGCGGGUUCUUCGGAUUUAUCUCGAAUGCCUGGAGAAAAAAUAUGGAAGCAAGGCGAUCGACAAAAUUUACAGCAACGGAAACGCUUGUCUCCAUACAGCAAUCAUUUUCGCCGAACAUACGACAGUAGAACUACUCCUCAAAUCUGGCGCAGACAUCAACCUCAUGAACAAAAAACACGACAGCGCUUUGAUGCUUGUAAAAGAUCUCAAAACAAAGAAUCCAAAAAAAUACGAAACGAUGUAUCACAUCGUCAUUUCUUCCUUGAGAGGCAACGAAGAGCUCAGAAGCCCGAGGUUUGGGCGGAAGAAGAUUCAUGAAGAAAAGGCACUAAUUGAAACUUAA